UGCACCAUUGUUUUCCUCCUAUGCAGCUGGAGACACAUAUGCUCUCUCCUGCGAUCAAAUACAUACUAGGCCCAUGGCGCAAGCCUUCGCCUUUCUGUUUCUCUUGCUGGACAUGAUGCUUGUGGCUGCAUCUUUCAAAAUCUGUGCUUUCAACAUACGAAGCUUUGGACAAGCCAAGGCAGCCAACCAGAGGGUGAUGAGAGCUCUUGUCCAGAUCCUGUCUCGCUGUGAUAUCUCUGCUGUGCAAGAGGUGCGUGAUUCCAAGGGACUGGUUAUUCAGGCACUAGUGCAGAAGCUCAAUAGGUAUGAUCCUUCUCAUCAUUAUAGUUGCCUAGAGAGCAAGAGACUUGGACGAAGCACCUACAAAGAGCAGCAUGUCUUUGUAUAUCGUCAGGAUGCUGUGUCAGUUAUGGCUUGGUGCCAAGCUGGAGAUGAGGAUGCCAGAGAUUUUGCUAGGGGACCAUUUGCUGUGCGUUUCCAUUCCCCAUACACAGUUGCUUCAGACUUUGUGCUACUCUUGCACCAUACCUGUCCUCGGGAAGCCGUCCAUGAGCUUGACCUGCUGUUUGAAGUAUGCAUGGAACUAAUGCACUGGUGGAAAACGGAGAAUGUGAUGGUGCUGGGAGACCUGAAUGCAGGCGGUGCCUACAUCCCAAUGAGCGCGUGGGCCAAGAUCCGCCUGCGCAAUCACCCUGCCUUCCAUUGGCUGAUCAGCGACGAAGAAGAUACCACCGUCAGCCACCGCACUUGCUGUUCUUAUGACAGAAUCAUAGUUCAUGGAGAAGAAUUACUCUCUGCUGUUGUGUCAGGAUCAGCAAAGCCAUACAAUUUCACAAAGGCACUUGGAUUGUCUGAAGAAGAGGCCUUAGAAAUCAGUGAUCACUACCCUGUUGAGGUGAAGCUGAAGCUUGCUCCAAACACCCAGAGGGAACUCUAAGUUGUCCAUCGGCCUAUUAUAUAAAGUGAAGGGAAAUGGGGAAAGAACAACAGUUUUACCACAAGAAUAUAUCAAGGCACUAACAGCAGAAUAGGCUUUUGAGGUCCUAUAGAAGAGUCCUGGAAGUUUAUUACCUAUAUUUGAGACUGAAUAUAAAUGUUUGAUUGGUAUAAUAUUUGAUAAACAUUCAGCUGUCUGGAACUCUGUUAAGUUAAAAUGCCAUUGGCAAUCUUAAGAUAACA